UUUCCCUUUGAGUUACAGUGAACUUAAAGAAAGUCAUACAGGUUUGCAACAACAAUUCUUAUUUUUUGGUGAACCAUCCCUUUAAAAGUAUAAAUCAAUACUUAGCACAUACAUUAAAAAUGGUUGUUUUGUGUUGACAGAUAAUAUGGAGAGAGAACCCUGUUGCUAAUCAGUUAUGAUUUGAAGGUGAUAAUAUAUUGUAUAAAUAGCUUGUUACAAUAUCUGGUAAUAUUCCUGCUGUCAGGAAAAUUAAACUAAACAAAAACACGCAUUUGUAUUUAUAACCUCUUAGAAAUAGUUUUUUUUAACAGAUCUGUUCUUGUGUUUAAUCCUAUAAUAAUCUUUUUGAGUUUGAUGAAUGUCAGUCUGUCAAUCAUAUAAUGAUGAUAUUUUUGUAUUCAGAUGUUCAUCAUGAGAGAGCAGGUGGAUGUCAUCUGCAGUAAAUCAGUAGGAACUGAUCUGUCCAUGCUGGAUAUUGAUGAUUUCAUCACAGAAAUCUCUCAGCUGAAGAAAGAGGUGAUGUCACUCAAGACAAAGCUGAUGGAGAGAGACGACAGGUUACAGGAGCUGAAAAAGGUUUCCUGUCAAUCUUCAGUGUGUGUGACUGAUGGGACCUCCACAGAAUGUCAGAAUUCAGUGUGGAGUGGCAGAGAUCAGUCCACACCACAGCGCUUGCUGGACAAACUCUCUGAACAGAGAUCCAAAGACACACAGCUCACUUUACUCUGUUCUACUGACGGCAAUCAGGGUGAUCAAACCUCCACAGAGUCUCUGACUUCUGUCUGUAAUGCUGGAGAACAGCAGAUGCUGCAGACACUAGUGAAGAUGUGUUCAGUGAAGCUGCUGGACUACAGGAACAUGAUGAAUAUGAGAGGAGAAAUCAAAGUAGAGGAACAACAGAGUAAUGAAGAUGAUGAUGAUGAUGAUGAUCAAACCUCCACAGAGUCUCUGACUUCUGUCUGUAAUGCUGGAGAACAGCAGAUGCUGCAGACACCAGUGAAGAUCGAAGAUAAGCAGGAGGAGAUAAAAGAAGAAACCACAGCAGAGGAACAACAGAGUGAUGAAGAUGAUGAUUUUAUUCCUGCAGGGCUGAUGGACAUGAAAGAAGAAAGUCGAGAUCUAAAUGAAAUGGAGGAGAAACUUCAGAGUCAGAAACAUCAUGAUUUCACAACAGGAGAAAAGUUUUUGAGUGGCUCAAAGACAGAAGAGAAUUUCGCACCUAAAAAGCCUCAACGAAGAACAGCCCAAAAUCCUUUCACCUGCUCUCAGUGUGGAAAAUGUUUCACAAAUAAAAGAGAUCUUAAUAUACACACAAGAGUUCACUCUGGAGAGAAGCCCUACACAUGCCAUCUUUGUGGAAAGGGUUUUGCUCGUAAAGAAAGUCUUAAUGUGCACAUAAGAAUUCAUACUGGAGAGAAACCUUUCUCAUGCCAUCAGUGUGGAAAGAGUUUCACGCGUAAAGAUUAUCUUGAUUUACACACAAAAAUUCACACUGGAGAGAGGCCUUACACAUGCCAUCAAUGUGGAAAAAGUUUCAUACAAAAAGGAAACCUUUAUAACCACACAAGGAUUCACACUGGAGAGAAGCCUUACACAUGUCAUCUGUGUGGAAAAGGUUUCAUAGAUAAAAGAAACCUCAAUAACCACACAAGGAUUCAUACUGGAGAGAGGCCAUACACAUGCCAUCAGUGUGGAAAAGGUUUCAUAUAUAAAAUAAACCUUAAUAACCACACAAGGAUUCAUACUGGAGAGAAGCCGUACACAUGCCAUCAGUGUGGAAAAGGUUUUAUAGAUAAAAGAAACCUUAAUUACCACACAAGGAUUCAUACUGGAGAGAAGCCUUACACAUGCCAUCAGUGUGGAAAGAGUUUCACACGUAAAGAUUAUCUUGAUGUACACACAAAAAUUCACACUGGAGAGAGGCCUUACACAUGCCAUCAGUGUGGAAAAAGUUUCACACAUAAAGGAAACCUUUAUAACCACACAAUGAUUCAUACUGGAGAGAAACCUUUCACAUGUCAUCUGUGUGGAAAAGGUUUCAUAGAUAAAAGAAACCUUAAUAACCACACAAGGAUUCAUACUGGAGAGAGGCCAUACACAUGUCAUCAGUGUGGAAAAGGUUUCAUAUAUAAAAGAAACCUUUAUAACCACACAAGGAUUCAUACUGGAGAGAAGCCUUACACAUGUCAUCAGUGUGGAAAAGGUUUCAUAUAUAAAAUAAACCUUUAUAACCACACAAUGAAUCAUACUGGAGAGAAGCCUUACACAUGUCAUCUGUGUGGAAAAGGAUUCAUAGAUAAAAGAAACCUUAAUAACCACACAAGGAUUCAUACUGGAGAGAGGUCUUACACAUGUCAUCAGUGUGGAAAAGGUUUCAUAUAUAAAAGAAACCUUUAUAACCACACAAGGAUUCAUACUGGAGAGACACCUUACACAUGUCAUCUGUGUGGAAAAGGUUUCAUAGAUAAAAGUAAACUUAAUGUGCACAUUAAUGUUCACACUGGAGAGAGACCUUUCACAUGCCACCAGUGUGGAAAGAGUUUCAAACGUAAAGAUAAUCUUGAUGUACACACAAGAAUUCACACUGAAGAAAAGCCUUAUUCAUGUCAUCACUGUGGAAAGAGUUUUGCUUAUAAAGAAAGUCUUAAUGUGCACAUAAGAAUUCACACUGGAGAGAAACCUUUCUCUUGCCAUCAGUGUGGAAAAGGUUUCAGAGAUAAAAGAAACCUUAAUAACCACAUAAGGAUUCAUACUGGAGAGAGGCCUUACACUUGCCAUCAGUGUGGAAAAGGUUUCACAAAUCAAGGACAACUUAAUGUACACAUAAGGAUUCAUACUGGAGAGAAACCUUUCUCUUGCAAUCAGUGUGGAAAGAGUUUCACACGUAAAGAAAAUCUUGAUGUACACACAAGAAUUCAUACUGGAGAGAGGCCUUACACAUGCCAUCAGUGUGGAAAAGGUUUCAUAGAUAAAAGAAAACUUAAUAACCACAUAAGGAUUCAUACUGGAGAGAAGCCUUACAUGUGCCAUCUGUGUGGAAAAGGUUUCAUUGGGAAAAGAAACCUUAAUAACCACACAAGGAUUCAUACUGGAGAGACGCCUUAAGGCCCCAGCACAC